AUGAGCGAAGCCACUGGGACAAAAAACCCCGAAGGCACUGAGACGGCUAGCGAGAGCAAGGUGGCUGGCUUGAGUACGCCAGCUUUAACCAAUGGCGAGUUCAUUGAUGCCUCUUCAGAAUUGCCUCCCAAGGAAGAGGAGAAGGAGAGCCAGAACCCGUCGAUAAUCGAAAUUGCUGGCGAUCUCGAGGCAAAUAUUAAGCGAAUGAUGGAGUUGAUGGAUAAAAAUGAUAAUGAGGUUAGUCGAAGACUAGACGAUCUUGGUGACCGUAUCGAAGUGUUGAGAAGGAAAUGUGCAACAAGCUCACAAGAUAAGUAA